UACUGCAGUUUCAGCUAUUCAUCAUUAAGCAGAGAAAAACUCAUGAUUACCUACUCUCACAAAUAGGUAAUGCUGACCAAACUCCGGUAUACUUUGACAUGCCGCAAAGUACAACGAUUAGUCCGAGGGGAGCAUCAAGUGUUACCGUUCGUACAACCGGAAACGAAAAGUUACGCUGUACAGUUAUGCUAGCGGUAACGGCUGACGGGCGGAAACUGCCGCCAUACAUCAUUUUCAAGAGGAAAACAAUGCCAAAAGGCACUAGCUUUCCGCGUGGUGUGCAUGUGCGGGUCCAAGAGAAAGGCUGGAUGGACGUUCCCCUUGUGAAAGACUGGCUAAAAACUGUAUGGAAUCGUCGACCCGGUGCUCUUCUGAAGAAACAAUCGUUACUUGUGUGGGAUAGUUUCCUAGCACAUCUUGUGGAAGAUGUCAAGCGUGACCUGUCUGAAGGCAAGACCGACAUAGCUGUAAUUCCGGGAGGCCUGACAUCUGUCCUGCAGUCCCUAGAUGUCUCCCUCAACAAACCUUUUAAGAGACACCUUCGCAGACUCUACUCUGAAUGGAUGGCAGAUGAUAAUCACGAACUCACUCCAGGGGGAAAACUAAAAAGACCAUCGCUAACCCAGAUAUGCGACUGGGUGAGACAAAGCUGGGCACUCACCACCGAAGCUAUGGUGGUAAAAAGCUUCAAAAAGACUGGCAUCACCGUCGCUCUCGAUGGAACUGAAGACGAUGUAAUCUGGGAAGAUACAGAUGACGACAGGAGCAAUGCUGACGCAGAAAGCUGUAACGCCGAGGAAGAUGAUAGCGACGCGUCGGUAGCAGAUUAGAAAGUGAUGUGUUGAGAAAGACUUACAUUUUUUUAAACUCUUAAGUGUAUAAUUUUCUUUUAAAGUAGGUUUUCGUGACAUUUACCUAUUUGAAAUUGCAGUUACUAAAAUGCAGACUAAAUUAAUAUUUUGAGUGCUGUUGCAGUAUCAGUUUUUUUGGGUAAGUAAGUUCAUUAUUUGAACUGUUUUAAUGUUAUGUUAUAUUUAUAAAAAAAUAAUUAACAUCACAUUUGCUGACAUGGAUCAGUCUUGUUUUCUGUUGAGGUAAGACACGCAGCACAGGGUAAAAGAAACGUCAACUUUAAUUGAGGCGCUGGGUGCAAUAACAGCUUAAACCAACUUAAGUCGUUUUUCCGGCCAAUGCAUAUUUGCAAUCCUAGAUAUGUCCUCUAUGUGGCACAUAAAUAUUAGUUCGCUCCAGAAUAUACAGAUGGCAGGAGAAUGAAGAAUGUAGCGCUGCGCGCUAAGUCGUUCUUUUGGCGAACGGCUGACACACCCGAGAAAACAACAUGUCUCGACCCAUUUUGUCGAACGCAGGCUCGUUAUUGGUUUUAGGCCUAAUACCUUUAUUGUAAUACUGCUACGUAUGUGUUAAGGGUAUAUUUGUUUUGAAAAUUGGACGUUAUUAACAUGGAGACGAGUGAGAGUGAAAAUAUGGAAGUAAGUGUAAAAAUAAGAAACAAAGGAAAGAAGAGAUUGCUUCAAAGAGACUCUUGGCGACGUGUGGAAAAUAAAGUCAAACGAAACAGUGGGGAUAGCUACAAGGGUUGUUCUGGUAAGACAGUUCCUAAAAAAUUUUUCAAAUUUAUCAAUGAAUGCUGUAGGAAAAAGUGUUUUUCGUUAUUCCCAGAUGAACAGCAAGAAUGGUUGUUUAGUUCGUUUUGGAAACUAGGAGACAAAAUAGUUCAAGAUACUUAUCUUUAUGGUUGCAUUGAGAAAAAAGAAAUAAUGUUAAAGAAGAGUAAUCCCAUUGGAAAGAACAGAGGGUAUUCAUGGCGGUAUCACCUACAAAAUGGCAUUGAUAGGAAAGAUGUCUGCAAAGCUUUUGUUCUUAAAGUGCUACAGGUGUCCCAAUCACGAAUGAAAACUGUUCUACGUGCUUGUUCUUCAGGGAAUCCGGUAUUUAAGGAAAAUAGAGGAAAGCAUACUGAACGUCCAAACAAAUUAUCUCGUGAUGUGUGGACUAAAGUAGAAGAACAUUGGGCCAAAUUUCCAAGCAAGCAAUCACAUUAUAGCAGGGGCCACACAGAACGCAAGUAUUUUGAGAAUCCUGAUUUAAAUGUGAAGAAAAUGUUCAUUGCCUUCCAGCAAUACUAUUUUGAUAGUACAGGUAAGACACUUACUAUGAAAUACUCCACAUAUCACAGAUACUUCAGAGAAAAUAGUCCAUAUUGUUUUAGACAGCCAAGGACCGACGUGUGUGACUUUUGUACUGAAUCUAAAACUCUGUUGGAUAUUAAUCAGAAUGAUCCGCGUAAAACCACAUAUAGGUUACAUUUAGCCAAGGUUGAAAAAUACAAAACCUUAAAACAAGAGUACUUAGCAAAAGUAAAAGGCAAUACAAUGCAAGAUGACACAUUAGUAAUAGAGUUUGACUAUGGACAAAAUCUACCAAUCCCUAAACUUAAUGUUACAUCCCAAUUCUACAAAAGGUUAUUGUGGUUGAAUGUGUUCAACGUUCACUGCCAUAAUGAUUCAGCCAGUACCUUUUAUUGUUUUCCAGAGUGUGACGCAAAGAAAAAUGCCAACUCAGUUUGUAGCUUUGUCUACCACUUCACCUGUGAAAAAAUGAAAUCUUACAAAAAUAUUAAGAAUAUAAUAUUUUUAUCGGAUGCUGCAGGAGGCCAGAAUAAAAAUAUUACUGUUUUGAGAUUUUGUUCUUGGUUGUCCCAAAUAACCAAAGUGAAAGUAACUCACAUGUUUCCUGUACGCGGACACUCGUAUUGCCAGUGCGAUCGGAAUUUUGGACUUUAUGGCACACUUUUAAAGAGACUGGAAAGUAUUGAAACAGUAGAGGAUUAUCUAACGAUCAUAAAGUCUGCUCGAAAUAGCCCGUCACCUUUUCAGGUUCUCAUGGCUGCUCAUCUUGUUGAAGACUGGUCGACAGCGUUAGAGCCUUUGUUUCACAAAGUUCCGAAAUCAAAACGUAGCAAAUUUUCAAUACAGAAGUAUGUGAUCCUUACCUUUCCUACUACAGGGGCACUGGCAGUAUCGGCUUCCUACAAUGCUAUUUUUGAGCCGUUCAUUUUCUCAGUCGGUUUUGGUAUGAAGUCAAAAGAAGAGCUUUACCUCAAAAAACCGGCACGCCCUGGUUUGAAGGAGUCCAAGAAAAAUGAUGUUCUUUCUCUCUUGAAAUUCUUGAAACCAGAAAAUGCUGAAAGCCUCAAAGGUCUACUAGAGUACACGACUGUGCCGGAAGAAGACAUAGGAAGUGAAAGUGAAAAAAGUGGUGAAAGUGAGAAUGAUGUUUGACAUUCAUCACUAAUAUAUAAGAACAGCUAGUUUAUAUGUUAUUUAGCUACGAUAUAUUUAAUCAGUGCAAAAACCCAAUCUCAAAAAAAUUUUUU